UCCCCCGGCCAGCGAGGCCCCCCCCGAGCCCGGCCCCGCCCCCCCGCGGGUGCUGGGCUUCCGGCUGGAGGAGGGGGCCUGGGCCCGCGGGGGCCUGAUCCGGGCCGCCCCGGGGGCCAACUUCCGCCUGCGCCUCUACGGCACCGGCCUCAGCAACCGCAGCUGGCCCUGGGUGGCCUUCGCGCCCGCGGGGGGGCCCUGCCCGGCCCCCUCCGCCCCCCCGCCCGCCGGCGCGCUGCAGGUGCUGCCCGACGCGCGCCCCCGGGGCGAGCACGCGGUGCUGGUGCGCGUGGCCGUGUCCCACGCCGGGCCCCGCGGCAGGUACCAGCUUUGCAGUCGCCUGGGUCCCGGGCAGCCCUGGGGCCCGGCCGCCCCGGGCGACGCAGUUCUCGUGGACGAGGACGAGGGCGGGGGCGGGCGCGCUGCGGCCGUGGCCCUGCCGCCCCCCUUGGCCCCCUGGCUGCUGGGCACGCUGGUGGCCCUGCUGCUGGCCCUGUCCUCCCUGCUGCGGGUCCUGCAGCUCAGCACCCUGUGGCUGGACCCCGUGGAGCUGUACGUGCUUCGGGACUGCGGCUCGGAGGCGGAGCGCAAGGCCUGCAAAGCCCUGGAGCUGGUGAGGCAGCGGGGCACCUUUGCCCUCUGCUCCCUGCUGCUGCUUAGCUCGCUGGCCAACGCCGCCCUGGCCGUGCUGUUCUACUGGGCCGUGCGCAUGGUGGCACCUGCUGUCCUGGCCGUGGCCGGCUUGGUCUUCCUGCUGGCUGAGGUGCUGCCCUUCGCUGUCAGCUCGCGCUGGGGGCUGGCGCUGGCUCCCCGCGGGCUCUGGCUGACCCAGCUCUGUAUGCUGCUCACCUUUCCCGUCUCGCUGCCGCUCAGCAAGCUGCUGGAGCUGGCCCUGCAGCAUGAUGCCAGCACCUGCCUCCUGCGGGAGAAGAUCGUGGACAUGGUGCGCAACAGUGACCCGUACAACGAGUUCGUGCGCGAGGAGUUCAGCAAGGGCGCCCUGCGCAACAAGACGGUGGAGGACGUGCUGACGCCGCUGGACAAGUGCUUCAUGCUCAACGCCAAUGCCGUGCUGGACUUCAAGAGCAUGUCCAUGAUCAUGCAGAGCGGCUACACCCGCAUCCCCGUCUACGAGGAGGAGCGCACCAACCUGGUGGACAUGCUCUAUGUCAAGGACCUGGCUCUGGUGGACCCGGACGACUGUGUGCCGCUCAGCACCAUCAGCAAGUUCUACAACCACCCCCUGCACUUUGUCUUCAACGACACCAAGCUGGACGCCGUCCUGGAGGAGUUUAAAAGAGGCAAAUCACACCUGGCCAUUGUGCAGAAGGUGAACAACGAGGGAGAGGGCGAUCCCUUCUACGAGGCCAUGGGGCUGGUGACGCUGGAGGACGUCAUCGAGGAGAUCAUCAGGUCGGAGAUCCUGGACGAGUCGGACGACUACAAGGAGAACAAGGUGCGGAAGAGGCCGGCCCCCAUGGGCACCCUGCUGGAGCACAGGAAGGAAGAUUUCUCCUUGUUCAAGGGCUCUGACAACGAGCACAAGGUGAAGAUCUCCCCGCAGCUCUUGCUGGCCACGCAGCGCUUCCUAUCCCGAGAGGUGGAUCUGUUCAGCCCGGCCCGCAUCUCCGAGAAGGUCCUGCUGCACCUGCUGAAGCACCCCAGCGUCAACCAGGAAGUGAAGUUCAAUGAGAGUGACCGCCUGGCGCCCGAGCACUACCUGUACCAGCGCAACCAGCCCGUCAACUACUUCGUCCUGGUCCUGCAGGGCAGGGUGGAAGUGGAGAUCGGGAAGGAGGGGCUGAAAUUCGAGAAUGGAGCGUUCACGUACUACGGUGUCUCGGCGCUGAUGGCGCCCUCCUCAGUUCACCAAUCGCCAGUGUCCACCCUGCGGCCGAACCGGCGUGAGCAACCGCUAGACUGCAGCGAGGGCACCUCCUAUUCCACGUACUGCCCCGACUACACCGUCCGGGCGCUCACCGACCUGCAGUUCAUCAAGGUGACCCGGCUGCAGUACCUCAACGCCCUCAUGGCCUCCAGGAUACAGCCGUCCCCCCAGUCGCCCGACAGCCUGGAGCUGAAGAUCGUCCCCAACAGCCAGACGAAGCUCCUGGACGACAGGAACGCUGUGCCAGCAGCUGAGUGUCUCUCUCGCGCGCUCUGUCCGGCCACGCACUCUCUCUUGGGCACAGCUGAGCUCUGCAGUUGA